GAUGAUAUAAACACAUCAUAUAUUCAACAGGGUUUUGUUAAAGAUAACUCGGUGUUUUUUUCCGAUAAUGAGCUUGUAAUGGAUGAUUCUUCUUUUUCUUCUCAAAGCCAAUAUAUGUUAACGCCAACAUUAGAAGUUAAAAAAAAGGAGAUUGUUGAAACGAUUAAAAUCAAACUAACUCAACAUAACAGGAAGAGAAAACGUAUUAGCAAGGAGGAAAAAGAAGAAAAGGAGGAAGUGAAUGGUGUCAAUUUGGAAUUGAAUGGAGUCAAUUCGGAAGUGAAUGGAGUUUCGUCAGCUUCGAGUCCUGCGUAG